GUUCCAUUAGUUGGAUUCCAACCGACUUAACGCUUCGCACGAAGAAAACUUGCUCUUCCAUCAUGGCGGCGUCCACAAGCAGCGAUGAAUCAAUGUCGUCCGUACCAACCUCGGCCUCUACCAAUAUGGGUAAUCCAACUGAUAGUUUCCAGUAUAGUCUCAUAAUGGAACAUCUUAUCGGAGACAAACGGCCCAUCAAAGACCUAAAUCCGGCCGUAAUGGGUGCACUUCCGAGUCCACACAAAACGGACGAGCAGAAGAUGAUUGAACGAGGAAUGGAGAGCUGUACGUUCAAAGCAGUGCUCGCGUGUGUUGGAGGUUUCGUGUUAGGUGGUGCAUUUGGUGUUUUCACUGCUGGUAUUGACACCAACGUUGGAUUUGAUCCUAAAGACCCCCUGAAGACACCUACAGCGCGCGAGGUCUUGAAAGAUAUGGGUCAGAGGGGUAUGUCGUACGCCAAGAACUUUGCCAUUGUGGGAGCAAUGUUUUCUUGCACGGAGUGCAUCAUUGAAUCACACAGAGGCAAAUCGGACUGGAAAAAUGCCGUAUACAGUGGAUGUGCUACUGGUGGAAUGAUUGGAUUUCGUGCUGGUUUGAAGGCAGGUGUGUUUGGAUGCGGAGGCUUUGCAGCGUUCUCGGCUGCCAUCGAGUACUACCUGCGGUGACGGACUGACAGGCAUCUUGUCUCGUUUGAAGCCAACAUUGAACUGGAAUCUUAUGACUGGUCCACCAACUCGUGUAGUAAUUUAAUCAAAUCCGUCUGUGUCUAAUACACUUAAGAGGGAUAAUUCUGUUAGGGCUUUUUGCUUUAGCUACCGUUAAGUGUAUCUGAGGACUGAUAAUUCGCUCAUGUAUUUAAUGCAAAGUUUUCCAUUUCUCUUAACUCCACAAAAUUGUCUUCGGUGAGAGUUGUAAGAGAUUGGUCAUCUGUGAAAGUUAUAGUCCUGUUAAAUAAAAUAGUAUCACAUCUUAAAUUGUAUUGUGAUAUUCAGUUUCAUUGGUAACUGGAAAAAAUUGGACUGGCCAAGAAAGCAUUGUAAGUGCUUUAAUUUGUGAUUCCAAUGUUGUAAAACUGAACGUGCAGGUUUAAUUGAAGUAAACAUUAAUAUAUUGAGUCGACUUGAAGUUUUGUUAUGGAACAAAAAUAAACAAGCGACUACAAAGUAA